AUGGUUGCACAAGAAAAUAUCACAGCCGACAUCCAAGGUGCCAUCCUGGGCAGUGACAAUGUUCUGGACAUGGACCACAAAGGAUCCCUCGUCCAUACAGUCUCGCGAGAACGUCAUGCCACCACCGGGCAGGAAACCGAAGCCGCAAUAGUCCAUGCAGAAGGUCAUGGACACGAUCACAUCGAUCCAGAUUUAAUUCCUACCGAGGAAGAGAAAAAGACUCUCCGAAAAGUUGCUGGAAAGCUUCCUACUAUCACCUACUUAAUCUGUGCUGUUGAAUUCGCUGAGCGAGCUUCUUACUAUGGUUGCAAUGGUCUCUUCAACAACUAUGUCAACAGACCCCUUCCCGUCGGCGGUGAUGGAUAUGGUGCACCACCACGUGGAACGGAACAAACUGCCGGAGCUUUAGGUCUCGGCACGGUCAAAGCAACAGCCACAUCUCAAUCAUUCUCUAUGCUUGCAUAUGCACUUCCAUUGUUCUUCGGAUGGCUUGCAGAUACCAAAACCGGUAGAUUCAAGAUUAUUUGCUGGGGUGUAGCAGUAUGUGGUAUUGCACAUAUUCUCAUGUGUGCUAGUGGUGCUCCUAGUCUGUUGGCCAGUGGAGGUGCCAAGGCUCCUUUCUUCUUGAGUGUUUAUACUUUGUCUAUUGGUGCUGCUAUGUUCAAACCUAACAUCGCGCCAACACUUCUCGAUCAAAUGCCAAGCGCAGUACCCGUCAAGAAGACCCUCGCAUCUGGUGAAGUCGUCAUCGUCGAUCCCGAAUCUACCACCGAACGUGUCAUGCUUUGGUUUUACCUUCUCGUCAAUAUUGGUGGAUUCAUGGGUGUCCCAACUGCAUACACCGAAAAAUACAUCGGCUGGUGGUUGUCCUUCCUCCUUCCACUUCUCCUUUAUGUUCCUCUUCCAUUCCUCCUUUGGUACAUGCGCAAACGUCUCAUCCUUUACCCACCAGGAGGAUCUGAUCUCGCAAACGUUUGCCGUGUUGUCGGUAUCUGCUUCAAGAGAGGUGGUUUGAGAAAGAUCUUUACUCGCAAGGGAGGAUUCUUCGAACCAGCUAAGCCAUCCAACAUUGCCAAAUCUGGUAAUGUUAUUUCAGUGCCAUGGAAUGAUGGAUUUAUCGAAGAUGUAAAGCGAACUUUCGAAGCAGCCGGAAUCUUCUGUUUCUUCCCUAUUCAAAAUAUCAACGAUAACGGUCUCGGUAGCUCUGCUAGUGCCCUUUCCACCAUGUUGACUACACGUGGUGCUCCCAACGAUGUUAUGAACAACUUCAACUCUCUCUCCAUUAUCAUGGUCGCUCCAAUGCUCAACUAUGGUCUCUAUCCUUUCUUGAGAGCCCGCAACAUUCACUAUGGACCAAUCGCUAGAAUGACCACUGGAUUCUUCCUUUCCACCCUCGGAGGCGCCGCCUAUACCGUCCUCAAUUACUACGCAUACAAGAUCGGACCUUGCGGAAAGUAUGGAUCUUCCGAAUCCUGUGUUGAUGCCAAUGGUGUCUCCCUCGUUUCCUCCAUCUCAGUUUGGUACAUGGCCAUCCCUUACGCUAUCGGUGGUAUUUCCGAACUCUUCGUCAACGUUCCAGCCUACGGUAUUGCAUACUCCAGAGCUCCUGCCAACAUGAGAGGUCUCGUAUCCGCUCUUAACUUGUUCACUCAAGCUAUUGCUUAUGCUCUCGGUCUUGCAUGCGCUGGUGUUAUCAAGGAUCCAUAUCUCACUUGGGAUUUCGGUGCGCCAACCAUCAUCGGUGCCAUUAUGAUGGUCGUUUUCUACUGGCUCUACAGAGACAUCGAUAAGGAAGAAUAUACACUCAGUCAAAAUGAUGAACAGAUGCAUGUCGCAGAUGCACCAAUUGAUGGACAAAGCACUAGUGAGAAGACAUCUCCACCUUCUUACGAAGGCGAGAAGCGUGGUAUCAGGGAUACGAAAACUGAGCUUGAAGGUUAG